AUGCUGCUCCUCCCGAGUCUUACAGCGAUCUUCUUGUCGGUCAACAUUUGCCUGGGCGGCCGGACUCCGUCUCAUGGCCGGCGAGAGGACUCGUCAACAACAAAGGAGAAUGCGACCUCUCCGAGACCCACUAUGUGUGGCGACAUCAUUGACUAUGUGAAUGACGGAUAUAAUCUCUUCUAUGCAGUUGACGUGCUCGAGUGCCUAGUCAGCGUCCCAUUUAACAAGGACGUAGCGUUGCGUUUCGUCGACUUCUACAAUACCACGAUGCAAUUUCAAAGCACCUUGUCUUAUCUACGGAAUCCUCCGCCGACCUACCAACAACCCUCAGUCGACUUCGAAAAUCAGCUCGAGAAUAUCAAGACCAACGUCAUAUCCGGCUACUACCGAAAUCAAUAUGCCUUCGAGGCCGACAUACAACAUCUGGUCCAAAGUCUCCAUGAUGAUCAUGUCAGUCUCGUGGGCGGCGCAUUGUCAGCCUUCUCCUUCGGCAGCAACAUUCCACUCAUGACGCUGUCUGUCGAUGGUGUCAAAAUUCCCGAGGUCUACUUUCGGUACGAUGUUCAGAAUCGACUACAAUAUCCCAUCUCCCCGAUUGCACAGAUAAAUGGAGAAGACGCUAUCGACUUUCUCGGCCGGUUCGCGGCACUCAAUGUCUACGGAAGUCUGGAGCCUCACGGGGACUGGAACAAGAUCAUGUACAAUCCUGUGCAGGAUAUUCUCGACAUAUACGACGUCUUUUCCAUGAAUGCGCCUUUCUACUCGGGCGACUCCCUGGAGUUCACAAUGGCAAAUGGCACUAACUUUACGGCUUUCUGGACCGCACUCUAUACCAACCCGGAUUUCACGGGUCCGCUCACCACAGGAGGUGACUACUACAACUACUUCGUCCUGGGCCUAGUCCCGGCUUCUUAUGACGACGUCCCUCUCCCGUGUGCAUGGGAAAUCGAGCCUACCGACAGGUGCCCAGGUAGUACCAUGGUUGACGGGGGGGCUAAGAACAUCACGAGCUGGUCCAACAAGACCCACGGCUCUUUUCCUGCAGACCCAACGGUUGCUCAGUCAGGACUCACUUAUGGACGUGGUGGUGGCACCGUCACGGGAUACAUCUUCGAUGACGUAUCUGUUGGUGUGCUCAGCAUUCCCAGUUUUGUUGGAUUUGGCUUGGAUAUUCGUGAUUUUUCUGAUACCGUCGGGGAGUUCAUCCUCACAGCUCAGAAGAAGAACACUGCCAAGAUUGUCAUCGAUCUUCAAGGCAACACCGGUGGCCUUGUUGAGUUGGCAUUCGUGACCUUUGGUCAAUUCUUUCCACAACAUUAUCCCUUUGCAGGAAGUCAACGACGGAACCAUAAGUUAGCAGACGUUCUCGGCACAAGCCUCACUGAGUACUGGACUGAGCUAGCUGCGGAUGAUGAAGAUAAGUCCGACCUCGCGGCCAAUGAGUGGGUUAUUACCGACCGUCUCAAUGCCCAGACCAGACAGAACUUCACAUCAUGGGCUGAAUACUUCGGCCCGAGGCGCGAGGAGAACGGCGACACUUUUUCACUUGUCGAGCAAUACGAUCUUGCCAACCGAGUGUUUGACUGGGCUGCCUUUCAGCAAUGGGCCCCGAUUCACUAUCUUGAUGACAAUUUUAAUUCCAGUGCGCUGCCACCUUGGGCUUCACAGGAUGUGGUAAUACUCACCGACGGGGCUUGCUCCUCUACAUGUACCAUUUUCGUUGAGAUGAUGAGCCAUCAAGCUGGUGUUCGCACUGUCGUGGUCGGCGGUCGCCCAGAACCUGGUCCCAUGCAAGCAACAAGCGGUUCUCGUGGAGCCUCGGCCUAUUCGGCCCAGUACCUAGACGAGGAUAUUGCAGUCAGCUCCAGCCGUGUGCCGCACGGAACUUUCCCGGAGCUGAACAAUGAAACGCAGCAACGCGACAGCGGAAUGUUUCUGAUCACUGCAAACUUCAAUCUCCGCGACCAGGUGCGACCGGCCACUGACAGCGGACCGCCGUUGCAAUUUAGAUACGAGGCGGCCGACUGUCGACUCUAUUGGACGCUGGAAAAUGCGCUCAACGUGACCCGACUCUGGUACGACGCAGCCGGGGCCAUAUGGGGCCUAGGACUGAACUCCAGCUGCGUUUCAGGGUCGAUAGGAUAUGCAUCUCAUGGCGUCAAUGCUACGACCACACUCGCCGCCCCAGAAAACAAGGCAACACAAGUCCCAUCUCUACCAGCGUUGGAGUGGAACAACAACGUACCAACUAGUGAAUUAGAGGACUUCGGACUCGUGGACUCGCCUAUUCCGCCCACCAGCAAGUACCCUGAAUCUUGCCCCAUCAAAGAUGCCAGAGCACCGGGCCGGAGGGUGUGCGUCGAUGCAUUACCAUAUACAUGUGAAAAUGGUGACGUCAUCGCCGUCGCGGGCCUCAUCGAGCGCAUCCUCGCCGAAGUCAAGUCCUACCGCGAAGCGCCCCUGCACUUUCGCCGGCUGGCGAUUGAGCUCGACUUCCUCGGCCAGGUGUGCAACCAGGUGUUCACGCUGCAGCCGACGCUAUCCGAGGAGCGGUCCCAGAUCGAGCGCAUCCGCGCCAUCGCGAUGCACUGCCUUGGCCCGCUGCGGGCGUUCGAGGACAAGAUGAGGAGCUAUGACAACACCUUUGGGAUACACGGUGCCGCUUACGCGAGCGGGGUUGCCGCCGCCGGCGGUCUCCUGAAGGUGCGAAACUUCAAGAAGCGCCUUCAUUGGUCUGCAAUCGCCCGACAUGAGGUCGCUGAGAUUCGGGCUGUUCUUACGAGCGAGAUCUUGGCGAUCAAUACCCUCGUCACGAUACACAAAUGGUCUAGCCUCCGGGAUCAAGGAGCGCGGAGUGAGGGCCAUGCAAAACAAUUGAAACAACUGUUGGAUACCACUGCAAAGGCUUCUGCAGAAUUUCGAAAAUCCCUCAUCGACGCCAGGCUGGCCUCGGAAAACCUGGAACGGGUCAUCAAAACAGUUCAGUUUACGCAAAGUGAACAACUCCAGAUACUAAGGACCAUUAAGGGCAUAUCAUCUACAACGUAUUAUAAGGUCCAAAAAAUACACAGGCAACAAAGAGCAUAUGCAAAAGAGUACCAGAAAGCAACCAGCGCCCAGAUCACCCGAUUUUUCUCGUUCAAACAACACAUGGAGCAAUGGAUCAAGACAAUUGUCGAGCACUGCAAACAGAUCAUCGCCAUGGUGCAGAGGAACACCCAGCUCCUGCUAUCCAUGCACGGUCUUCUGGCCAAGCUGGAGACUUUGCUCGCCGGGUCGAGGGUGGACCUCCCCAGCAUCGUCUUUGAGAAUGUCCUCGGAAUUAGGACGUUGCUUCCAUUCCAGCUGUGUGAUACUUGGGAGGGUUUCACCAGGCUACUCGGAGUCAUGUUCUAUAACCAGCCAGGAUCAGAACACGUGGCAGUCGGAAAGUUGCUCGUGAUGCGAAGCAAGACAAACAGAAUCAUCAAGCCCAAGGACUGGUCUCUUUGUGUUGUACCGGGGGACCAGCUAUCCAUGUCCGUCGUCAUGGAGAGAUUCAGUGCCCGCACUUGCCCACGGUGUUUCGCAGUCCUAUCAGCCUCUGCUUGGGCCCAGAACACUGGAACAACAUGCCCAGACUGCGAUCUUUGGCUAUCGACACAUGGAUUAUGGCACGCCGCCAGUGGCGUUUCCUCGGAUGAUGAGCAUUCUCCUGUUCCCAUGCCACUGCCGGAGAAGAUCCAGUUUCGGGCGCACACCUCCCAUCUCACAGAUUGGAAAUUAAUAUCAGUCCGAGAACAAUCUCUAUCGCAGGCUCACCAAGCGCGGUUCAGGCGGAGACGUCUCGCGCAAACUUCGGGGGCUGGGCCUGCUGUGUUAACUGGCCCGGGGUCUGAUCCCAGCGCAGCGGCCAUAGAUGAUGUCGAAUCGUUCCGACGCAUUCACGUCCAACCAUACAAUGGCAACUUCUUAAGGGCUUUGUUUGAAAUUGGCGAGAACCUGAGGACCCUGGUGAUAGAUAUGUUGGCUACCGACGCCGGCAAGAAUGAACUGAUCAACGCGGCUCCACAUCGCAGACAGAUACACAGACAUCAUUAG